UUGCGGGAGUCGGUCGCGGACUCCCCGACUCGGUAUCAGCUCGCCCGUUCAGUCAGCUGACUCCAGUGUAUCGUUGGCUUGUGUUUGGGGGAGGCUGCGCGUGUGAUGCUUGUGUUUGUUUUGACUCUCGUUCACUGAAAAUUUCCUUCGGCGGAGUCUACAGGUGACAUUUCUACAGCCAGUGGCUUCUGCUGCCCACAAGUUCAACACCUCACCACCUUCACCACCACCGUAGCUUGGGAAAAGGAAGAUUUAGACUGACACCACCACCACCACCAUCACCACCACCACCACCACCACCACCACCACCACCACCACAACGAGUUACCUUGGCAGCAAAACUGGUAUGAGGGACAACACAGAAAUACGACCCGGGGACAAAUGAAACAGGCACACACACACACCUGGCUCUCUGGCUUGGCACUCCUCGACCUGGCAUUGCACCACCAUCACCACCACCACCACCAACAUCACCAUCAACAUAACGUGCCAUAACAUAAUGUGUGUGCUGAGCUGAGUGUUCCGUAAAGAGGCGCAGCUUGUACGAGUAACGCCACACGGUGUUGCGUGUCUGUCAUCACCCUGGUGGAGUACAAUGAUCUGUCGAGGCUCCGUCAGUUAGCAGUUUUUGUUUUGGCUGCCAUUGGGUCAGGAUAAGUCGUGUGACAAUCCCUGUGUGAACGUAACGCUGAGGUCUUAAUGUCGCGUCCCUCCGCCUCUCUGCGCCGUCUGAAGGAACACGGUACAACUCUAUACAUCACAAUGCAUCACCUUCCACACGUCAUCCCAGAGACAAGAUGUACAGCCACACUCCUCCCUCACCCGUUGCAAUGGAGCCUUCAAAGUCCUCCCCAUUCACUAGAGCCUCCCCGCCCUCGUCAGCGUCGCCUCCGCCCCCCAACUACCUCGGUCUGAGCUCCCCGCCCUCCCGCAGCGCGCCUGGUACCCCGCAGCGUCUCCCUAACCCUCCUGUCACCUGGCAGCAGUACCGAUAUGCAGGUAAGCCCCGUGUGGUGGCCUCGCUCCCCACCGUUGCAUCACCGCCUCCCUCACAUCCGGGCUUGAUUCAAGAAUAGGCGUGGAGUGACGCUGGCCAAGGGCAACAAAAAUCCAAUAAAAAAAUAACUAAAAAGCCCACUGAGAUGCCAGUUCCAGAACAGGGUCCAAAGCGGUAGUCAAAAAUUGAAGGAUAAGUGUCUUGAAACCUCCCUCUUGAAGGAACUCAAGUCAUAGGAAGGUGGAAAUACAGAAGCAGGCAAGGAGUUCCAGAGUUUUUACUACUAGUGUUUGAAAAUUGUGCUUUAUACUUACUUAUAUAACACUAACCCUUUGACUGCCACUUGGUACACCUUUCCCCUAAUUACCAGUCACUCUGAGACAUAUUUACUUGCUCUGUAAGCCCCACCCAACCUUUAAACUGGAUAGAAAUUGCAAAAUCUAUUUUUUUCACCCAUAACAUUCUUGGAGGUGCUUAUAAAGAUUUCAUACAUUGUAUAUGGCGAUGAUAAUUGUCUCGCAUCAAAGUGAAAGGGUUAAAAAAGCCUUAUUAGUUGAAGUAUGAACGAAUAAUAUUUAAUGGAAACCUUCCCAUGCACUUCAGUCGCCCCAGAUAUAUUCUAACAUGAACAAAUAAUGAGUAAGAUAGAGCUGCUGGUGCGCCCUAGUCACCUCGCCUCACCUGUCGCCUCACCUGGGCUGCUCACCUGCUCGCUGACCCCGCCACGCCCAGCAGUCACCCCGCGCUGCAUCCUGAUACGCACUACCACCACCUUCCCCCCU